GUAAGUACUUACGUAUGUUACAGACUACUAAUUUUCGUUCGAUACUGUGCUGUGCAGUGUAGCUAAUAAACGUUUGAACGUACAGACCGAUUCGUCGGAAAAAAGUGUAAAUGUGGCCUUCGUGUGGCUUACUUGCAUAAAAACGGAAUUACAAAAGCAGCUGCACACUUUUAGUAAUAGCCAGAAUGAAAUUGUUGGUGCGUGUUUAAAAAAAAUAGAAUCAUAAAUAACAAAUAAAGAAUCGAACGAGUAACGGAAGCAACCAUUUAAUGGUCCAUCCAGGCGUCAAACAAAGCCAAAAAUACAAGAAGUCGAGAACAUACGACCAAGCUAACCGAGCGACACAUUAACCAGAAAUCAGCUGAUUGAUUCUAGUUUUUACCACGUGUGCACGGGCGAACAUAAACUUCUUGUCUCAGAUCAGUCGCGGUGUUUACGUUUACUGUUUUAUGUGAUAUUUAAUUGCGUGGCUGUCGAAUCGUUUGGUUGGUCGGCAAAAUGACGACCCCAGCUGAAACGACAAACACCCAGGAGGCUAACAAACCCUUACUGAACAAUUUCGAGAAAAGAAGCAGCAUUAAAGCCCCGCCAGAUACGACACUCGUGCCUGAUGAUAAACAAAAAGAAAUAACCCUCAAAAGAGGGAAAAGUGUUGCUAUAACAGAAAAAAACAAUGUAAAAAAAAGUAAGGUGAGGAUGGUGCCACCUGAUGGUGGAUGGGGCUGGUUAGUGUUAUUCGGAUCAACUUUAGUAAACGUUUUAGUACCUGGUACAAUUAAGUCUUUUGGAGUAUUAUUUUUGGAGUUUUUGGAGGCUUUUAACGCUACCACAGCAGAUGGUAUGUGGAUACCUGCUCUUUGCUACUUCCUGUAUAGUUCUUUGGGCCCUGUGUCCAGUAUCCUGUCGUUACGGUAUUCCUAUAGAACCGUGACGAUAGUCGGGGGAUCGUUUGCCGCUUUUGGCAUGAUAAUGAGUUUUUUCGCGCAAUCAAUCGAAUAUUUGUACGUAUCGUUCGGCGUCAUGGUCGGCAUAGGGGCGGGCCUAUCAUUUCCUCCUACCGUUUACAUAGUUACAAGUUAUUUCGUACGUCUUCGAGGCAUUGCCAAUGGUAUAUGCAUAUCGGGUUCGGCAUUGGGAUCAAUUAUUUUGCCGCCGUUGCUGCGAAUUAUUUUAAAUGAAUACGGGUACAGAGGAGCGGUUCUUUUGAUGGGAGGCCUCACUCUCAACGUGUGGGUGGCUGCGCUUUUUUACGAUCCCGUCGAAAAUCAUCUGAAGCCUGCUACUGACGAUGAAGACGAGGAGCAGCACGAAAAACCCGAGUUGGACGAGAGCGAAAUCGUGCCCGCGAAGUUUACCAUCAGCACGGAAGACAGUUUGGUGUCCUUGCACCACAUACCGCACAACGACUCCUUCAUCAGCAGCAACCUGGCAGAUGGGACGUUGACGGGCACCGGAAACACCUUCAAUAGAAGCGUGUCGAGCGCAGCCUUUCAAAACAUCAAGUCCCAAAUGCAAAACCAGCACCGCGAACGAAAAAUCAGCAUGCCGACCGGCAGAAACGAAGUGAUGCGUGCCAAACACGGCGCCGUCGGCUCGCACAGCAUCAUCAACAGUUCUUCCACGUUACACGCCGUGCCGGAAAAAUCGUCCAAUGGAGUCGGCGCUGGCGGCGCGAUGGAUAUGUUUUCGCACAGCCGGCUACCCAACUCGCGGCAAAGACGGGGACUGCCGAAGCGCAGCCCGUCCACCAGCUCCUUUCAAUACAUCAGCACCCCGUACCACGGUAGCACGCUCACCCUGCAGCCGGAAACGUUCGCCAGCUCGUUCAGCUUAAGGUCGAUUCGCACGAACAAAACCGCCGAAGCGGAGGACGACCAAUCGGCCGUGCACGGCCAAAAGAAGAAGUUCUUCGACAUCUCCGUACUAUCCGACCCAGUCUAUCUCAUCAUAUUGAUUUCCAACGCCACCAACGCGAUUGGAUACACGAACUUCAUCAUCCUGUUGCCGUACUACGCCAACUACUUAAACUACAGCAAGGACAUGGGGGCGUAUUUGCUCUCAAUUGUGUCUGCGCUCGAUCUCGUCGGCCGAAUAGGCGGCUCGGCUCUGUCGGACAUCACGAAGUUCCCCAAGUGCUGGUACUUCUUCGGCGGGCUUUUUGUUUCCGGCGUGUCGCUGUUUAUAAUGCCGUUCUUCCACGAGUAUCGCUACAUAGCGGUGGUUUGCGGCGUCUUCGGAUUGGCGUCGGGGAUUUACGUGGGCAUUACGGCCGUCAUUAUGGCCGACAUGCUUGGCGAGGAGAAGUUGCAAUCUACGUACGGAAUCUCGCUGUUCGUGAACGGCGUUCUUCAGUUUGUCGGUCCGCCGAUUUGCGGGAAAUGGUACGACGCCACCAAGUCAUUUGUCUCUUUAUUUUGCAGCUUGGGUGCGACCAUCAUCGCUGGGUCUCUCAUAUGGUCUUUUAUGCCUUUGUUUAUAAAUAAAAAAUCAAAAUCUCAGCGGGAUAAUGAGAAUCAACGUGACGAGGAUGAUGAAGAAGAAGAUAUAGAUAACAAUUAACCAUAGUUUUAUUUCCAUUUAUUAUUUCCUAUUUAAAUUUUAGUUAGUUAGGUAAACAUUUUAAACAAUGUUGGUUGUUAAUUAAUCAAGCCAGACAAACAUUACCUUAUUAUUAUGCCAUUGACUUAAAUUUAGUUAGUAUAAUAAAAUAAGAAUAUUUGUGCUUUUAAGAACCGACAUUGUAAAACCAGAGGUGCUUUAAAUUUGCCAUUUGUAUGUGUGUAGUGUGUAUGGAUGAAAAAUGUCAUAGAAUAAGAGGCCACACUUUUGAUAAAAUAUUUAUUCAUUUUAAUUAUGUUAAAACCAACUUUCCAUCAUAUCAAAGAAAGGUGCUUUCAAGUAUUUGUAUUUUUAUAUUGUACUUUAUUAUUAUAAAUAUUAUACCCAUACUUAUACUUAAUAUACAUUGUGAUAUAUAUAAGGCCAUUAAUAAAGAAAUAAUUGUAACAGUUUCAUAAUAAAUAUGCCUUAAAGAGUUAGUAAUUUUUAAUUUCGUUAGUUGAGAUCAACUUUAUUCACAAUUAUUCUUACCUACCCAUUUAUUUUUUUACAUUAAGUUGGUUUCCAUGUUACCACUUGCAAUUUCCUGUUUAGUUCGUCCAAAAUAAGUGAGCAUUGAUACUGUUUUUCAGCCGAAAGACUAGUAAUAACUUCAUCAUCCUCCUCUUCUUCCUUUUUAAUCUUUCUCCGUUUUGCUUUACCAUCCUUUUUUAAAUCCUC